ACAACUCCAGGUCUAUAACUACUCCUCAAACAUCCUAGUCCUAGUACAAAAUAGAGAACACUUUUUAGUUUCCAGAUAUUUAUAGGAUGAAGUAGGUAUAUAUAUCAAUAUUAAAAACUGAUACUACUUACUAUCUUUUAUUUUGUUCUUUUUCGAGAAAUCCAAUCAACAGACGGAAUGGGUAAAGAUUUAUAGUAAGUAGUAAGUAAAGUAUUUCUUAGAUCGAAAAAAAAAAAGUGUCUAUAUUUGUUCAGACUUGUAGUAAGUAACUUAGUGAGUGUGUAAACGAUGAACGGCGGAGGAGGCGACGGCGCACCAUCACAGUCAACGUCAUCAGACGGCGGUGAAUUCCUUCUUCAAUUGCUUAAAAAUCAUCCGCCACGUCAGCAGCCGCAACCACCGGCGCCGCCGCCACAUCAGCUUCCACAUGAUCCAGCAGUUGCUGCAGUAGGUCCCACUGUACCCUUCCCCACAUUCCACCAUUCUCCUCCUCUUUUUGUACCUCAUAAUUUCUACCACCUUCAAGGUUUUCCCCAAAACCCUAACCCUAACCCUAAUUUCUCAUCUCCACCUGGUCCGAGUGGGUUCAGUCAAUUUCAACAUGCUGGUGGCCCACUUGGAUUUGGAUCAGUAGGGCAAAGCAUGGGUAAUUUGGGUGCCAAUGUUGGUAAGCCAAGUAAUUCAACUCAUGAGCUUGAGCAAAAUCUGAUUUUUGGAUCUUUACCUAGAUAUAAUCGUUUCAGUGAUGAUUUAGCCGGUAAAGUUGGUAACUUUGCACAGAAAAACCAAGAAUCAAGAUUAGGGGAUGUAAGGAUGUUGAAUGGUGGUAAGGUUGAGAAUGCUAUUGGUUCGGGUCGAAAACAACAUGAUUUUGUGGGGAAUUUAAGGGGUUUUGAGCAACAGAAUAGUACCAGUGGGAGUGUAAGAAGAGGGGAUGUGGCACCGCCAGGUUUCUCCAGCAAUUCCAGGAGUAGGGGUUAUGAGCGUAAUGUGGAUAAAGAGAAGAGUUGUUUUGUUGAGUUGAACCAUAGGGGUAUUGGGUCGAAUCAUAAGUAUGAAAGGGAAAGUAACCAUCUUUCCAGGAAUGGUAAGAAUUAUGCUAUUGGUUCAGAUGAUCGAGGGGUUUUUCGUCAGCUGGAAUCACCCGGACCACCAGCAGGAAGUAAACUUCACUCUGUUUUGGCGUCUAAUGUUGAGGAUUCUAUGUCGGAAUUACAUGUUGAGGAUGCUGAGAGUAGUGAAGAAAGGAAGAAGCUAGGUAGGAGUUCUGCUCGAGGCCAAAGUGAAUUGGAUGAAUUGGGAGAACAUCUUAUCAGUUCUCUUGGACUCGAGGAUGAAUCGGAUGAAAGAAGCGACAAAAAGAAGCAUCAUGCCUCUCGUGAUAAGGACUACCGAUCAGACAAGAGAGGAGAAUUUAUACUUGGCCAGAGGAUGAGGAUGUUGAAAAAACGGAUUGCAUGUCGGAGUGACAUUAAUAGGAUGAAUGGUGCUCUCGUAGCAAUAUAUGAGUCCUUAAUACCUCCAGAGGAAGAAAAGACAAAACAGGAACAGUUACUAGCACUGCUGGAUAGAAUUGUUCACAAGGAAUGGCCUGAUGCUCGGCUCCAUGUUUAUGGAUCAUGUGCCAAUUCUUUUGGCUUCUCGAAAAGCGAUAUUGAUAUUUGCCUUGCAAUUGAGGAUGCAAAUAUUGACAAAGCAGAGGUAUUGUUGAAGUUGGCUGACAUGUUGCAGUCAGACAAUCUCCAGAAUGUGCAGGCGCUAACGCGUGCUAGGGUGCCUAUAGUCAAGCUUAUGGAUCCAGAAACCGGGAUAUCUUGCGAUAUAUGUGUGAAUAACGUUUUGGCUGUUGUUAACACAAAGCUGCUUCGAGAUUAUGCACAAAUAGAUGUACGAUUAAGGCAGUUGGCAUUUAUUGUUAAACACUGGGCUAAGUUGAGAGGGGUGAAUGUAACUUACCAGGGGACAUUAUCUAGUUAUGCGUAUGUGUUAAUGUGCAUUCACUUUUUACAACAGCGAAGACCUGCCAUCCUUCCAUGCCUACAGGGAAUGGAAGCAACCUACUCUGUUAAUGUUGACAACAUUGAAUGUGCUUACUUUGAUAAAGUGGAAAGGCUUUAUGGUUUUGGAUCUCACAAUGGGGAAAGUCUUGCUCGGUUGGUGUGGGCAUUCUUCAACUACUGGGCGUAUUGUCAUGAUUAUGCAAAUGAUGUUAUAUCUGUUCGUACAGGAAGCACAGUGAGCAAGCGAGCCAAAGACUGGACUAGGAGGAUUGGGAAUGACAGGCAUCUGAUAUGCAUAGAGGAUCCAUUUGAAGUUUCUCAUGAUCUUGGUCGGGUGGUGGACAAAUUCAGCAUAAGAGUACUGAGGGAAGAAUUUGAACGAGCUGCUGAAAUAAUGCAGCAUGACCCGAACCCUUGUGUGAAUCUCUUCGAACCCUAUGUUCCUAGCUGAUUGGCCUUUUGUUCAAGAAAAAUGACCAAUAAUUAUAGGAAUGCCCCUCCGGAUGUAAAUUCGUUAUGAAGUGCCUUUUUUGUAUCCCUUCUCGUUUUGGCUUUCACUAAAGUGUAUCUAGGCGUUGUUAUCUUUAUCUAGCAUCUAGGUGUUAUUUUGUAAAGAACAAUCUCCUGGAAUUUCAUGGUAUGUAAUCUAUUUAUUUUGCAUAUUGCUAA